GGCGCGCUUGGAAAAGCCCCACAUUUUUUUUUAAAGCCCCACAUUUUGUCUGAGAUCGUUGAAGGGAGCUGUCCACCAAGCACGGUGCUGAAGCGCGUCCGACACAGCGCCUCACGGUGCGUCAAGGUGUGCACUUUCUGCCAAAUGUAAAAGAUGUACUGGACGAUGAACACACUGCCACUUCCUCAGUACGUUGAGCUGGGCGUCCAUUCACUCAGUGGCCUUCUGUGGACUCUUCUGCUCCUGUUUCUGUGGCACUGUUAUCGGAUUGGGAGCGAUUUGUCCCUCCCAGGCCACACACACGCUGGGAAGCUCAAAUCAAAUUCAAGGCGGUCCAUGAUCUCCCGCAGCGUUAGCUGCAUCAAGACAAAAGGAAGCACCAGAUCCAAACAGUCCCGGAGUGAUCAGAUCGGUCCUUUUAUUUCCAUGGAAAGAGUAAAGGAUGAUGAGCAGGGGCAGGGAUAUCUCACCCCAGUGCUGAGUCACUCAUUGUUUCCUGCUCAGACAACUGCAGAAGCCAAGAAGCUGUAUAAGGCACUGCAAGAAUAUGCCAAACGUUACAGUUGGGUGGGAAUGGGUCGCAUUCAUAAAGGCCUCCGAGAGCAGAUCAAACAGAAUGAUCUACCUGCGAUCCAGAAGCCUCAUCUCUUCUUCCUGCCAGACGUCCCAAGUGUUCCUUUUUUCCCACGUGACGCUCAUCGGCACGACAUCGAGCUUCUGGAAGCCAACUAUCCUGUCAUUUUGGCGGAGUUCCAGGCUGUUUAUCAGCGCGGCAUCGACUCAAAAACAGGCUGGACCUGCGUGGGGCCAAAGGGCCAGGCGGUGUUCCCUUUGUACAAUGCCGGUGUGUACAUGGCUGGAAACUGUCGUUCCUGUCCCUGCACUUACCGCACUCUUCUGUCCUUGCGAACAUUCAUAAACAGCAACUCUUUGGGAUCGGCGGGAUUCUGGCUGCUGGGGCCCGGAGCCUCACUGGCGGGCUCCUACGGUCCCACCAACACACGUCUACGCUGUCAUCUCGGUCUCCAGACCCCACCUUUGUGUGAGUUGGUGGUGGGUGGGGAGCCUCAGUGCUGGUCAGAGGGACACUGUCUUCUGGUUGAUGACUCUUUUCUUCACACCAUCUCACACAAGGGUCCUCCAGAAUCUGGACCCAGAGUCAUUCUGAGUGUGGAUCUCUGGCAUCCAAAUGUGGCUGCGGCGGAGAGGCAGGCUUUUGACUACAUGUUCAACCCUGAUCUCUGAAUCCUUUUAGCUGUGUGCAACAAGCAGGGAUGCCUUAAACUCAGCCCUGUUUGUCCUGGCUCAUUUAUCUCAUUCCAAUCUUCAAAACACUGUGUGAAAAAGUUCAAAUACAAGCCAUCAGUCACACAUUCAAGACUUGUUGAAUGCUUGGUUUACCAUUAAAGGCUGUACGUUGCUUUCAGAUGUGCAACAUCCAGUGCCAGGACCAGUGCAAGAAAAAAAACCUCUUUGCAGUUGUAAAUAGCAGCAUCCUUCUCUAUUACAGACCAUGCAUGCGACUGUCUUGCAUGACCAUCAAAAGCAUGUGCUCAUAUGUACUUUCAGGAAGCAAAGGCCAUGGGAGUGCUUAAGGCGCUCUUAUUUUGAAAUGAGGAGAGAUUAUCAAUGUUUACCACUCAAAACUGUGAGAAAAUUCAAAAAAUACAUGGUUGGUGAUUCUAAUUUAUUUUUGUUAUUGCCAAAUAGAUUACUGUGUUUCUUCUGUAUCUUCUAACAAUCAUUUGUGAAUGCUGGAAUGAUUCGUGUAGAUAUCAGAUCUUAUAUUUACUCCUUUCAAAUUAUUUUCUCUUGUGAUUUUGUUUGCAAAAAAACAAUUGUCAGUGUUUCUAUUUCUUUAUGUUUUUACGCA